AUGGCCAGACCAUUUAGCCAAGAUCGCUUUCCGAGAAAGAGGAAGAAGACUUCAGGUUUUAGGCUUAGUCCGAUUGCAGAGUCCAUAGACCCACUAGACUUCUACGGAGGAAUGCGCCCACGACCCUCCUCUGCUUCCGAGCUGUCAACUCCACUCGACAAGUUUACCUUAUUCAUGGAACUCGACAUCAAAAUCCGCACUAAGAUCUGGGGUUUUUCUGUCGUCCCUGCGCUCGUCCCAUGGGGCGGUGAUGGAAGAAAAGUCCCCUCGAUUCUCCACGUACACCGGGAGUCUAGGAAGUUGGCACUGAAGCGUUAUUGGCUUGCUCACUGGUCCUUAAAUCUGACCAACCAACCAAGAUAUGUCCACUUGUCGCAAGACAUACUCUAUCACGACUCGAGCGUCUCUCGACUCAUGCCAUGGGGCGACAUGGUCAUGCCACCUCUCUGGCUUCGCAAUGUCGAACGAAUGGCCGUCGACCUCCGUUCCACCGUUCAUCUCGAAAAGGGCGAGUCCGGCAAAGUCUGGCGCGCCAAACCCGAACUCUGGUCCGACAUCAAGCUUCGAUGCCCGAAAUUGAAGGAGCUUCUCUUCCUCUUGGAAUCUUGCGCGGUUGCUGGUAGUGCUCUGGAGGACUUGGUUGAGGUUCGUAGCUUUUAUGUAUGUUCUUCGGCGGAGUUGAAUAGGGCGGUUUCUGUCCUAAAUUCUUUCGAUAACUUGCCAGGGGAGGAAAAGCUCGAGGAACUGGAAAUCAAGUUCAUGGAGGCGAAAUGAACUUAGCGCAUUAGAUGAAGAUGGGAAUGAUAUGAAACAGGUCUGAAGUUUGGCGAAUUCAUACCGGGUGGCCAGGUCCGGUUUACUCUACUCUUCUCUCUCCUCUACGUUACGGAGCUUCUCAACCUCGGGGUUUUCCUCGAACUACACGAGUAUCCAAUGGACAGAGC